UAGCACUGACUUAUAUAUUGUAUAUAGUAUGUACUUGAGUAUCUGUUGGCACCAGGAUACCCUAGACGCGCAGCGGUUAAUAAAAUUUUUAUUCUGAAAACCGAAGGAUAUUAAUUGGUGACAAUUAAGAAAUAAUUAUUAGAAUUAUCAAUUGAUUAAUAAUGGUUGUCCAUACUAUCCUUCUUGACUUCACUGUAUCUGCUAAUGUUAUAGCAGACUUGGAGAAACGUUCAAAUUUAAAAUCUGCUAUAGCAAAUGUUCUGGGUGAACAUUUUAUUGGUUUAAAACCAUUAACAGAAUCAAACAUCGAUGGCAGUUUAUUGAUUUUAUAUACUGGCCCAAAAGGUAGUCUGAUAACUGUAAGAGGAUAUAAGGAAGGCCUAGUGACGUUAAACAUUGAAUAUUUCAAACAGGAUGAUGAAGAAGCAUUAUUAACAUUUGAGUUGGCCAGAGAAUUGGAGACGGCGUUGCAGGCAGCGGCAACCGCUACGCGGUCACACACGCUUAUCCCCAUUAAACGCGGUGGACCUUUUGAGAGAUACUUUCCUACCGCCGAUGAGAGAUUGCUUGAAUAUGACAUUGAUAAGCUGGUGUUUGAGGCACGGUCGCCUUAUCAAAAGGUACAAAUUGUCCAUUCCAAAUCUCUUGGUAACCUUUUGGUUCUUGAUGAGUUACAAAACAUGUCCGAAGCGGAUCUUAUAUAUACAGAAACGUUGAUGCAACGUGGUAAGGAAAGUUAUGCUGGAAAAGAGAUAGUUAUCCUUGGUGGUGGUGAUGGGGGCUUACUCUGGGAAUUGCUCAAGGAAAAGCCAAAAUAUAUAACAAUGCUUGAGAUCGAUGAUGUCGUUAUGAAAGCUUGUAGUCAACACAUGAGAAGCAUAUGCGGAGAUUGUUUAGAUAAGAGGAAGGGUGAUAACUACGAGAUAAUAGUUGGUGAUUGUGUAAAGGCACUUGCACACAUGAUAGAAGAAGGUCGUCAAUUUGAUUAUGUUUUUGGCGAUUUAACUGAUAUUCCAAUCAGUACUACUCCUCAUGGCGAUGCAUGGGAUUUUAUAAGAUUAAUUCUAAAUUCUUCGGUGAAAGUACUUAAGCCCACGGGAAAAUAUAUGACUCAUGGAAAUGGUGCUUCCUGUCCUGAAUCACUGAAGAUGUAUGAAGAGGUAUUAUCUCAACUCUGCGUACCCGUAACAUUUGCAAAAGAUCGUGCUUUUGUACCGUCUUUCUUCGAAGAUUGGAUUUUCUAUCAAGUGUCGCUUAAAUGAUGGAUUAAAAACACACACGAUCAUUUACUUGAAAGACCAACCAAAUUUUCUCACGAUCUAUUACUUCCAUUAUGACCCAAGCUGAGCCUUAGUUUUAGAAACUUAAGUAAAUAAUCAGUUCCUCUCUAAAAGAUAA